UUCUUAGCUUUCUUUCAAUCACAUACACAUUUCCAAUCUCUCUCUCUCUCUCUCUCUCUCUCUCUCUCUCUCUCUCUCCAUUACUAAGAUGGACCAGGUGAUGGGAUUGGCAGGCCAGAAUGCGUUGGUGAUCUUUAGCAACAGCUCAUGUUGCAUGUGCCACUCCAUCAAGAGGCUCUUCAUAGAGCUUGGGGCCCAUGCAAUUGUUUAUGAGCUCGAUGUGGACCCCAGAGGAAAAGAAAUGGAGAAGGCAUUGGUCAGGCUACUAGGUCGUAGGUCGCCUUUACCAGCCGUGUUCAUAGGCGGUAAAUUGGUGGGCUCUACCAAUGAGGUGAUGGCUCUUCAACUCAACCGUAAUCGUGCUCUAAUGACGCUCCUUAGAGAAGCAGGAGCUAUCUGGGUGUAAUGCAUACGAUGCAGAUUCUACUCUAAUACCAUAAAAAAAUAAGUCGUACGUAUAUAUAGAUAAGAGGGAGUGUCUCAUACACUUUUGGAGGUAAUGAUUACUUACUAAGUUUUAAGUCUUAGUCGCAUGUUAGAGUCAUGUAUGGAGUCUUAAGUUGAUAGUUCAAAAGCUAUGUUUUGAUAACUUGGAGAAAUGUUUAUUCGGAGCUGGUGUUUUUAACGUGAAAUAAAAUAUUUCCUAUCUUUUGUGUGUA